UUUCCCUCAAACGCUACCUUUCUUCUUUCUUUCCUACAUACACAAAUGGCCAAUAAGCUGUCUGAUGAACAGAAAUCUGACUUCCGGGAAGCCUUUUCCCUCUUUGACAAAGACAGCGAUGGCACCAUCACUACCAAGGAGCUUGGAACGGUCAUGCGCUCGCUAGGCCAGAACCCGAUCGAGGCGGAGCUGCAGGACAUGCUCAACGAGGUCGAUGAGGACGGCAACGGCACAAUCGAUUUCAACGAGUUCCUGACAAUGAUAGAGCGCAAUAUGCGCGACAUAGACUCGGAGGAGGUGACCAAGGAAGCUUUCAAGGUCUUCGAUAGUGACGGGGACGACUACAUCUCCCCUGAAGAACUUCGGCGUGUCAUGACCAGCCUUGGCGAGAAGCUAUCUGAUAUGGAGGUCGCUGAGAUGAUCCGUGAGGCAGAUGCCGACCGCGAUGGCAAGAUCAGCUAUCAGGAAUUUAAGGACGCGAUGUAUUUGAAGUAAACAUCGAAACACUUGCCUUUCUUUCAAGUCUAUCACUCUCUGGCUUCAUGUGUUUCGCAUUGUUGCGUUAAUUGGAUGGUCCGCAAAAGUCGUGUAGCAUAGCUUGUAUUUUUU